UGAGUCAGUCGGAGCGCGCGUAGACUCGUGUGCCUCGUUGCGCAUAUCUUCCCACCUUACUUGCACCAUUGUAGCAGCAUUGUGAUUCCCCUUGUCCUUUGCCAUGCUGAGGCUGCACUUUUAAGGCUGCGCCAGCACGAAGCCGUGCUGACUGAUCGAAAUAAGAAAUUAUUCGCUCGAUCGUGUGAUUGCGGCUGACAAGUCCAGCAGGUUCGUUAUCUGCUGCUUGACAGGACUCGAUGCAUAGACGCGCAGUUCCUUAUGCGUCUUUCGUUGCAUAAAUGUGAUCUUUCUUGUUUUGUUGUAAGGAUUUAUUGAGAUGGAGGCCCCUACAACAUGGACGUCGGAUUCAACGGAAGAAAGUAGUUCCUCGGACGUUCAUCCUAUCCAUUCAUCAGUUGUUUUAGGUCCCACUUCUGAUGCACUUUGGAACUGCAACGAAAAAUUUUCCAACAUUCCAAGUGGCCCUCCUUCUGUGAGAUCUGAUGGAAGAAGCACUGCAGGUUCAUACAGCACAGUGCGGAGGAACUCUCUUACAUCCCAGUUCUACUGCAACCCAAGAGAAUGCCAAACUGAGUGCUGUCACGGCGCAUCUGAAGGUGUAGGACACACGACGACAUUUUCAGUGAAGCAAUCAUCUCAAUUGCCGGUAUGGCUCUGGCUUCUUCUUGCACGAUGCCUGCGUGUUCCUCUGCCGGGCAGAAGAGCGUGCCGUUUCAUCCCCUCAGUUGGACUUCUGCUACAGGCCUUGACGGUGCUGUCAUGCAUUGGCUUGUGCCUCGUACACAUCGUCUAUGAAGUACGACUCAUCAUGGUGUCCCACGGUGAAGCCAAGACCCUCUACCGAUGCAUCAGUAUUUUUCUAGUGGUCAGCUGGGGCAUCUUUGGACUGUACGGACGACGGCUUGCUCGCAGGCUGUUCAGCCACCCUGCUUUCAUCAAGGACAUCAGGAUGCACUCUAAGACAUUGCUGAAGAUCAAUGCAGCAGCUCUUGCCAUUAUAUUAGGAGCAGUGUUUCUGGCUGUGAAUGCAUACAGCUCGCGUGCCAUGAUACAGGGCGAAACGUGUGCACUGAUUGGAUUCCCACGUGCUAUUUGCACCAUGCAUUUCCUCCUACAUGUUAUCUACUCAGUCUUCUCAUUGAUGUGGCAUGGUCUGGUCUGCAUGGUUCUGGUGUCGGUUGCACGAACGCAUACCAUAGGUAUACGAAGGUUCAUCAAGGAGCUCGAGGCUGAUGCAGUUAGUUAUGAGGCAAGCAAUGCUAAGCAGUAUUAUGGCUCUCCACUGACAGCUGAAGACAUUUGCGAAGAAAGUGUUUGGAUUGAGAACAAGAUGUCUGCGAGCGGCUCCUACAUUCCGGACGACUGCUAUGAUCAGGAGUCAUCGCCUAGGCAUGUGCAGCUGAGAAACUGCGAGGACGGCCCACACAUUUCUGUUCUCAGUGGAACCUAUGAUGCUGAUGUCACAAGAUCGGCCGACCUGAGUGUGGCCACCUCUCAUGCACCACGAAGCUUGUCAAUAGCUGAAAUACUUCACGUAUACUGGAAGGUGUCGUGCCGGCUGCGCCUCACUGGGCGUGCCCUGCAGCGUUGGGUGGGCAGUCUCAUCGCUCUGGUGGUGUUCUGGUGCUCGUCCCAGCUGGUCACCUGGCUCAACCACUCACCCACCGUCUGGGAGGUGGUGCAGUUUGUCUGCCCUCUCACCCUGCUGCUAGUCAUCACUUCCUCCAUUGCCGAGGUCAACUUGGAAGGGUCACGCAUGCUCAAGUGCAUUCGUCCCACAGAAGAAAGAAUCCCGAUGAUGAAUUUCCUUUUGAAAUCACCCAUUCAACUUACCACGUUUGGCUUUUCCCUGAGCUACGGAACUAUCAUGACUGUCGUGCUCGGUGUUCUUAUGGCAUUCGCUUCAAAGCUCAUUAUUGUUGAAAUUCAGGCAAAUACAGGCUGAUUUUUUUCUGCCAGUGAACUACUCGUGAGAGAUCGCAGACAGGAAAAGCGGCUCCAAAAUGAAGGCCACCGAUGUCCACGAACCAUCCCGGAUGUCGCAGUUUGCGGGAAUUCUACGCGAACCUAUUCUGGCAGCUUCCAGGCACGCAGUGUCAUCCUUACUCUACGUCAAGAAGAAUGGUGCGAUUUUCACCACGUGUUUUUAAUGGAUGCUCCUGCAAGCUUAAAUAACGGAGCUUGUGAUAUAUUCCACAGCUUUAGCUGUUUACUAUUUUUAGCUCUUUACUCUUGUUGCUGUUUUGAGACACCAACUACUUUUUUGCCUGUAUGCUUCUGGCGAUUGAAGCGAAGCUGGACAGAAGUUCCACAGAGAUGCAGACGAUCCUUACAUGCAGUUUGCAGACCACAUUGCAUCGGUGGAGUUAGGUCAGUGUGAAAUAGGUACUACUGUGAAAACCUGUGGCGGAUCCAGAGUUGGGGGUGUGGGGUGCUGGGGGGGUCACGCUCCCUUGGGACAUUGUUGACAGUGUGGGUGCAUGGCUAACCCCCCUCUAUGUAUGCAUUGAUGAGGGUGCCCCUUAGUGUCUACUCCAGAUAUGCCCUUGAUAUAAACUUUGUGGUUGUGUGUUCAUGAUGGCGUCACUUACUACAAUUGUGUUGUCCACAUUUUGUGUUUCUGAUCUGUCUGAAAGGAAAUGCUUUGUUUUGUGAAUUCCGUGACCGUGCGACUUAUACAGUCCAACACCUUUAUAAUUAAGUGUUGAGGACCUUCAAAAUACUUCAUUAUACUGCAACUAUGCCAGGAUGUAAGGAAUCCCUCAUUAUAUAGCUCAGUUCACUGUAGAGGCAUUCAACUGUAGUAACAGUCCCGCUCUGUCAGAGUUAAACAGCACAUGAAUGCAGAACAAAUAGACUGUGAGGUCCUCACACAAGGCUCUGUUUUUCCUGGCCUCUCCGGUCAUGACUGGGGCUGUAUUCUCAAACGAUGCAAAAGUAUCGCCUUUCGUGCGCGCUGAUUGGCUAUUGAGCAAAACCGGAAAAGUGAGGGCACCAUCUAGUAUUUCCGUCAACGUGACGCUGCUCUACGGUUCUUCUGACAUGCCUGGAAUACACAAACACACCUUAUUACCGUCGGUUGGUGGUGAAGUCUAGCAUUUCAGUGACAUAGACGGUAGCUUCUAGUAAUCAAUCCUCGAUGGAUGUGCGCAGCAUCUUUUACGCCAAAGCUUUCAGCGAGCAUUAGCUUGGGGUGUUUUCAGUACUCGUUCUUUGCCAGCGCAUUUUUUCAUGGUUAGGACAUUCCAGGAACAUGAACCGUCAGUUGCUUGCGUGGUUUAUCACGCGCCGGCAACAUGUUCAGGUGUUGAGACUAUGUCGCUGGGUGGCACACUACAGCUGAACUCUCAGUACGCCGUGUUUAACUCUCAACGAAAAUAUAUUUCACACAAAGUUGCAAUAUUUAAAUAUUAUACUGUGCAUUAAACAAUUGCACAAAGAAAACGUUGAACGAACUUUCUACACAUCCGAAAUAUUUCAAGUAGCACAGCCAAGCCUGGCCACUGCGUAGAAGCCAGCAUAUGCUCGAAAACGCUGCACUUGGGUCGCUCUGCGCUCGUACGGUAAGCUCGCUCCUGUGUUGCAAGGCAUUUGUAACACCAACGGCCAGUGCAGCAAUAACGUCACAGGCAAGCGUUUCUUGUGUUAUUGAACGCAUCAGAUUCUACGUCACCAAACGCGAUACUAUCCCCUUUCGCGAUCGUUUGAGAUUACGGGCCCUGUAUGUGUGCUGUACAGUUAAGUCAUACCAAUGAGCAAACGGCCGUAUCCAUAGAUGAACCUCAACUGCACUUUAACUCCACCGAAGUGUAGUAUAAUGCUGCUCGCUUGAUAAAAGGGGACACCGCUUUUGAUUAAUCCAUCUUAGUGAUUUCUGUGGUGAGGAGUUCCUUGUAAAGCACUUUUUAACCAUAUUAAUCAAUCCUACUUUUGAAAUCUCUGCAUUUUUAGGAACUGUGACCUUACCUCUUAGGUCAUACCAGUUAUUAAUUUUCUCAUGCAUUUUUACAUUUUCAAAACUGAGACACAGUGAUUGAUUCUUGAGUGCUUUUGAAUGUUGACUUUCACAAUACGAUGAAACUGUCUUAUGCAUUACAUGUGCCACUUUUUGAGCCCAAUGAAUUCUCAGCACGCACUGUAAGCAAAGCUACACAAGCAGUGUUUUGAAACUUCAGAUGUAUUAAAUGAGAUAAGGCGUUUCUACCACUUCCUAGCAGACACAAAGGGAUGAAGCUGGUGUCAUCGCUCACUAGUAGUGCUGCAGUCAAAUAUCAAAUAAGUGUCUGACGUAGUCUGGAGUUUCAAAUGUAGUUUCACAUUGAAACAUUGACUAGUACAGUAAAAGCUUGUUAAUCUGACCCCUGUUCAUUCGGAAAAUCAGAUCAUUCAGACGUGUUCCCUCGUUCCGCCCAUCAUAUGCAUUGUCAAUGGCAUAAAAAACUGGUUAAUUUGGUCACAUUUGGCCACAACCCGGUUAAUUCGGACGGCUCUUGGAGCGCGUCAAGCGCCGCAAAUGUGCGACGCAAAAAAAUAAACGAAAAUGGCGUUCGCCGACAACCGAAACGAAGCGCCGCUGUCCGCAUCGCUAUCUUUAUCAGUUGGUGUCCAUGGCACCACGGUUUUGUCCACGUGCGGAUCCGGCACUCAGCAGCUUCGUUUUAACUUGGUGCAAUGCGCGCAAUGUCACAAAACUGAAACAUGACGGAAGCGGUUGAAGAUGAGCUUUCAGCCGCGAUCAGUAUGUUGGCAUAAGACUGGUUUGCUGCAUUGUGAUGGACGAACUGUCAGUUGCUGGCUAUUUCACCUGCGAAAGAACUAUCGUCGCGUGCACGUGGUGGUGGUGCGUAAUAAGGGAGGGGUGCAGAGCACGUUUCGGACUAAUUAAACACGGGAGUCUGGCGCCGUGGUCGUACUGAGAACGAAGUUGCAGGAUGAUGAAAAUUGCGGCUUUUACACUACUCGUAUGCAAAAUAAGUUCAGGAUUUACGCAUUCAUCAAGAAAAUGAAAGUGCAUUGAAGUAACAGACAUUUGUUUAUUGUUUUCUUGAAACUUUCGAUAAUUCGGAAUUCGGUUAAUUCGGACAUUAUUUCCGGUCUCGUGAAAUCCGAAUUAACGAGCUUUUACUGUAGUAAACACUUUGGUCAAGAUGUGGAGCUUCCUCCAACUUUUUGCAAUAUGACAGUCAAGCAGGUGGACGAUUAAGUUUAUGGAGGCGAGAAGCUAGCCUGCCCUCUUGAUGUAACAAGUUCCUCAGAGCCUAUCCCCCCCCCCCCUUUUUUUGCGGGACAGACGAGUGCCUUAAUAAAGACAAGUGCAAUUUUUAGUUGGUGAGUCACAUUAACUUCACUUCCUGCUGGGAAAUGGUUCUGGUUUGUGGUGAUUUGUAUAUACUACAUACGUGAGUGAUGUUCAUCCAUUUUUACUCGCACAUGUUCCAUUUUAGCUCGCACAUGUUCCACUGACUGUUCGCACAUCCACGUUUCACUUGUCCUAGACAGUACACUUGCAGCUCACACGACAUUCAGACAAGAUCUGCGAUGCUCAGGAUGAGGCAGCAAAUCACUCGACCAUGCAACACUUUUUUGCUCGUUAUGCAGUGAUAUGCCUGCCAAAUAAGUGGAAGCGAAUCCACAGUGUGUACUGUUCUGUACUAUUCACUUGUUUUCAAUGCCACGAUGGUCCCACCGUAUUAUUGUAUAAAAGGCAUUAUUUUGUAUGUUGUAUACAAAAAUAAAAUAUACAAAACAAGUGCAUUGCAUAAA